AUGAAUCAUCCACCUAUUGAUAUCUUUGAUUACGAUAUUGAAAUUAAAAAGCUUCCCCAAGAAUGGAUGGUUGAUAUGGCAGAAGUUUUUCGUGAAUUCGAUGAAGAUGCCGACGGAAAAAUUCCAAAUACUUAUGCACAACACAUUUUCUCAUUAUUCAGACUUCCAUCAAAGACAGUUUUCACAGAACCAGGAAAUGUCACUAUGAGAGUAUUCCUUCAUGAAGCAAGUUUUAUGCGACAAGAAAUUUUUGGAACUGCAGAGUCAAGAUAUCAAUAUUUCUUCAAGAUGAUUGCAGGUUUGAAGCAAGCAAGAAUGACAGCAAUUGAUAUACAAAGAUUUAUGAAAGUGUGCGGAGAUGAUAUUAAAUUAAAAUUCUGCGAUGAUUUCAUUGAUGAAUUUGAUAGAGAAGGAAUCUCAAAAGAUUAUAUUACAAUAGAAGAAUUUACCAAAUUUUGCGAAGAUAAGAAGAUUCCUAUCUAG